AUGUUUCCGAACUCGGACAGCGCCCAGCCUGACCUGCACAGCGACAGCAGCAGCAGCAAAAGCUACAACAAUGCCGACAGCAAAUAUGAGAUACGCGGCGUUGCUGGUGAACCAAAUUACAAAUCGGUGAAUCUGACCUGGGAAGUUGAGAUCGUGACGUCGGCCCAUGACACAGAUACGAAUGCCAAUACCAAUACGAAUACGAAUACAAUUACCGAUGCGAAUGCCAUUGUGAAUGGGAAUGGGCAUGGGCAUGGCGUGACAAAUAUGACCAUUGCCAGCACUAUGGAGCCACCCAAAGCCUUUCAGAUCUUCUACUGUGAAAUGCAGAACUAUGGACCGCAGCGAUGCCGCGUCAAGCUGGUGAAUGCCACCGCCGCCGAGCUGCCCACACCUGGGCAGGAGUAUGUCGACACUCAAGUGCAGCACUUCGCCGCCGCCGUGGACAAUCUGAGAAUGGCCACCCGGUACAGCUUCCACAUACGUCCAGUGCAGCCGCGUCGCCUACGCAGCAGCAGCGCACGCUCCGAGUUUCAUGACGAGAAUGAGAUCGAGGGAGCGUCAGCUCAUCUGCCCGGUCAGAGCAUCAUUAUACCCACGAAGGGCUUCUCCGCCCAUGCGACGCAGUGUCUGGCGCAUGCCUCCGAGAUUGAGGUAGAGACGGGUCCCUAUUUUGGCGGUCGCAUCGUUGUCGACGGUGGCAAUUGUGGCAUCAAGGGCAAUGCCAAUGAUCCAGCUGAUAAAUAUACCAUGCGCAUCGAUCAUAAGCAAUGCGGCAGCAUGGUCAAGCCCGAGACGAACACCGUGGAGACCUUCAUCACAGUCCAAGAGAAUUUGGGCAUCUUUACGCACAGCACCAGGCGCUUUGUUGUCGUCUGCAGCUAUCAGUCGGGCAUGCAAACUGUGCGCGCCAGCUUUACGGUGCCCGGCAAGAAUGCAGGCGUGGCAGCCGCCAUCGAGCCCAACGAUCCCUUCCAGCCGGAUGAGGAGCGUUUGGGUCGGGAACUACGGCACAUGCGCUUUGUGAACAAAAGCGAACUGGUGCUCAAGGAAACGGAAGAGGAAUCCGUGGAGCAGCCGGCCUUGGUAAUGGAAACACAGCCGCCCGAGCCCCAGCAGCAGCAGGGACGCCAGCAGGGACGCGCUCUCAGCCUGGCCAGUCUGAAUGAGCUGAACGGCCUGGCGCAGUCGACGUUGGCGGCGCCGGCGCCGGCGCCAGAGCAGGCGCAGCUGAGCAGCAAGUAUGCCAAGCUGGUGGUGGAACAGGGGCCGGGCGCCUGGAUGUCCGAUCGGGCCCAGGCGGAUGCAAAUGAUGAUGAUGAGUUCUAUGCCGCCUCGCUGCGUUAUAUAAGCGCCAAUCUGGGCAGCGUGCUGGUAACUGUUUCCAUAUCUGUGAUAAUCAUCAGCAUUUGCCUCGUUCUGCUGCAACGUCAGCGAUUGCCCGGGUCGCAAUCGCAUUUGGCCUCCCUCAGCUGCCCCGCCGCCCAUCUGCCGCACAAGACGUUGCCCCGCGCACUGCAGCAACAGUAUCAGUGCACCUUGUAGAAGCCACCUUAACCCUGCUCCAACUAGCCGCCCCACUCCGACUUCUCCCCCCUUAGCUAUGCCCACUUGUCUUGCUGAAGCAGCACCAGGUUGCCGCCGGCAACUGUCUAACCCAUUUAGCUGAAGACGACUGCGCAUAGCCUGGGCCAGUGCCUCCUCCCGCUCCUCCUACAUCUCCUUCUCAGCAAGCUCUUCGACUUGGCAGCUGGCAACGGGUAAGCUGAACAAACGGUACUUACGGGAUCAGCAGUGGAACAUGGCGGAUGCAGCAUCCCACACGAAGCAACAGCUACUCUUGUACUGCGUUUGGUGAACCGUAAUUUAUGGAAAUUAACUAAAACGUAAUCUUAGCUCUACUCUAGACUAUUCCUAAACUGUGCAAAUCUAUAUGAUUACUAGGAAUACCUACUUUGAUAUACAGCGGAUUAGUGCUUAGUAUUUUAGCCUUAAACUAAGCUAAGUUUUUGUAUAAACUAUUUA